CUUGUUUCUUUCUCUCCCUAGAUCUAGUGAGUGGCUAUUCUAUGACCCCACCCACUCUCAGCAUCACAGAAGAAGAAUACGUGAUCAACGCUAAGGACACACUGAAUAUUACUUGCAGAGGGCAGCACCCCCUGGAGUGGUCGUGGCCUGGAGGCCAAGAGGACACCGUCCAGAUUGGGAAGGAGAGCGAAUCAGUGGUGUUGGUGAGUCUCGACGGUGUCCAAACAGUCAAGGAAGAGGAUUGUGAGGGCACUGACACAAAGCCCUACUGCAAGGUCUUGACACUGACAGGGACUCAGGCUAACGACACGGGCUACUACCGCUGUUACUACAAGUACAUCAAUGCCAAAAUCGAGGGCACCACUGCAGUCAGCACCUAUGUAUUUGUGAGAGAUUAUGAGCGGCCAUUUAUCAAUAAACCAGGGGCUCUUCUUAUCUACAAGAAGGAGAAUAUCUGGGUCCCGUGCCUGGUAUCUAUUCCAGACCUUAACAUCACUUUGCUCUCGACAACCUCUUCCAUAUAUCCAGACGGGAAGAACACUCUUUGGGACAACAAAAAAGGAAUGCUGGUCCCCACUCACCUGAUCAAGGACUCCUUGUUUGUUGAGUGCGAAACUUUCAUUGAUAUGAAGCCCCGCAAAUCAAGUUUCUUCCUUGUCCACAUUGCAGGGAAUGAACUUUAUGACAUCCAGUUGUUUCCAAAGAAGGCCAUGGAGCUUCUAGUGGGAGAAAAACUAUAUCUCAACUGUACAGUAUGGGCUGAGUUUAAUUCAGGAGUUGAUUUCCAGUGGGAUUACCCUGCGAAACAGAUGAACCGGAAAGUCACAGAACUGCCUGAGAGGCGCUCCCAGCAGACACACACUGAACUUUCCAGCAUCCUGAUCAUCCAAAAUGUGAGCCUACAAGACCUGGGAAAAUAUACAUGCAAGGCUAGCAAUGGGGAGCAAGACUUGAAGGAGAGCAUAGAUGUCAUCGUACAUGAGAAACCCUUCAUCAAUGUGGAGUGGAGGAAGGGUCCAGUGAUUGAAGCAACAGCAGGAGAUGAAAUGGUGAAGCUGCCGGUGAAAGUGGUUGCCUACCCCCAGCCUGAGUUCCAGUGGUUUAAGGAUGGAAGGUUAAUUUCCAAUAGGCAGUCUCAAUAUUCCCUGCAGAUCAAGGAUGUGGCAGAGCAGAACUCUGGCUCCUACACGUUGGUUCUGAAGAACGGGCCGGCUGGACUAGAGAAGAGCAUUAGUCUCCAGCUGGUGGUCAAUGUUCCUCCACAAAUCCAUGAGAAAGAAGCAACUUCACCUAACAUCUAUUCCCGUAAAAGCCGGCAGGUGCUCACCUGCACUGUGUAUGGCAUCCCAGCACCAGAGAAGAUCCAGUGGCAGUGGAGGCCUUGGACACCCUGCCCAAUGUUCUCCCGUCACAAUCUUAGCAGGAGGAGGACUGUCCGACGCCAUCAGAGAGACCGCAUGCCCGAGUGUAAGGACUGGAAGGAUGUGUCGCAGCUGGAUGCUGUGAAUGCUAUUGAAAGCAUUGACACCUGGACAGAGUUUGUGGAAGGAAGGAACAAGACGGUCAGCAAACUGAUAAUCCAAGAAGCCAACGUUUCUGUCAUGUACAAGUGUGCAGCCUCUAAUAAAGUUGGCCGUGAUGAACGGCUCAUCUAUUUCUAUGUAACUACCAUCCCAAAUGGGUUUGAAAUUGAAUCGCAGCCUUCAGAAGAGCCCAUUGAGGGGCAAGACCUGAGGCUAAGCUGCAAUGCUGACAAUUACACCUAUGAGAACCUGCAGUGGUACCGACUCAACCUUUCGACGCUGCAUGAUGAAGAGGGCAACCCGCUGGUCUUGGACUGCAAGAAUGUCCACCACUAUGCGACAAAGAUGCAAGGAGAGCUGCAUUUCAAACCCAACUCUAAUUACGCUGCUUUGACACUCACCAUUCCAAGUAUCUCACUAGAGGACGAAGGGGACUAUGUGUGCGAAGUGCAAAACAGGGAGAACAGCGAAAAGCACUGCCACAAAAGAUAUAUCUCUGUGCAUGCUCUAGAGGUCCCCAGGUUGAAGCAGAACCUGUCAAACAUCUUGGUGAAUGUGAGUGAUUCCAUAGAGAUGCGCUGUAAAGUGGAUGGCACACACAUUCCAAACAUCAACUGGUAUAAGGAUGAGAAGCUUGUAGAAGAGGUCUCAGGAAUUGACCUGGCAGAUUCCAAUCAGAGGCUGAGUAUCCAGAGGGUGAGAGAAGAGGAUGCUGGCCUUUACCUGUGCAGUGUCUGCAAUGCCAAGGGUUGUGUGAAUUCCUCCGCCAGUGUCUCUGUAGAAGGCUCGGAUGACAGGACCAAUGUGGAGAUUGUGAUCUUAAUUGGGACAGGUGUCAUUGCCAUCUUCUUUUGGAUUCUCUUAAUCCUCAUCUUCUGUAACAUCAAGCGACCUGCUCAUGCAGAUAUCAAGACGGGCUACCUUUCUAUUAUCAUGGACCCAGGUGAAGUUCCCUUGGAUGAGCAAUGUGAAUACCUGCCCUAUGAUUCCAGCAAAUGGGAAUUCCCUCGGGAGCGACUUCGACUCAGUAAAGUCCUGGGCCAUGGAGCCUUUGGGAAAGUGAUGGAAGCCUCUGCAUUUGGAAUUAAUAAGAGUAACAGCUGUGAGACAGUGGCAGUAAAAAUGCUCAAAGAGGGAGCUACUGCAAGUGAACACAAAGCGCUUAUGUCAGAGCUGAAGAUCCUCAUCCAUAUUGGAAACCAUCUGAAUGUGGUUAACCUGCUGGGUGCCUGCACCAAACCUAACGGUCCCCUCAUGGUUAUUGUUGAAUUCUGUAAAUAUGGAAAUCUCUCCAAUUAUCUGCGGACCAAACGGGAAGGAUUCAGUCCUUAUAGGGAAAAAUCUCCCCGACUACGUGUCCAAGUUCGUUCUAUCGUGGAAGCUGUCAGAGCAGACAGAAGGAGUCGGUCUGGUACCAAUGACAGUGCAAUUCUUAAUAGACUUCUGAUGAACAAGAGCCAGGCAUCACUGCCGCCACCACUCAUACAAGAAGUGGAUGAUUUGUGGCAGAGCCCUCUGACAAUGGAAGAUCUGAUCUGCUACAGUUUCCAGGUGGCACGUGGUAUGGAGUUUUUAGCUUCCAGAAAGUGCAUCCAUAGAGACUUGGCAGCGCGCAACAUCUUGCUAUCAGAAAACAAUGUGGUGAAGAUCUGUGACUUUGGUCUGGCUCGGGACAUCUAUAAGGAUCCUGACUAUGUCAGGAAGGGCAGCGCUCGUCUCCCACUAAAGUGGAUGGCUCCAGAAAGCAUCUUUGACAAAGUCUACACCACCCAGAGUGAUGUCUGGUCAUUUGGAGUCCUCCUAUGGGAGAUCUUCUCACUAGGUGCCUCCCCAUAUCCUGGAGUCCAAAUCAAUGAAGAAUUUUGCCAGAGACUGAAAGAUGGCACCAGAAUGAGAGCUCCAGAAUAUGCCACUGCAGAAAUUUACCGUAUAAUGCUAAGCUGUUGGUAUGGUGAUCCCAAGGAAAGACCAACAUUCUCGGACUUGGUGGAGAUCCUGGGGAACCUCCUUCAGGAGAAUGUCCAUCAUGAAGGGAAGGAUUAUAUCCCACUUAAUGACUCUCAGAGUUCUGAAGACGAUGGCUUCUCCCAGGUAGCUUCCUCCAUCCAGCAGAAUUCUGAUGAAGAGGAAUUUGACUUGAGGAUGCACUGUCACAAUAUAGCAGCAAGAUAUUAUAACUGUGUGUCUUUCCCUGGCUGUUUAACUGGUGGGAAUCAGAUAAGGUGUCCAUCCAGAAUAAAGACUUUUGAAGAAUUUCCUAUGACACAAACCAUGUAUAAAGCACAUCCGGACAAUCAGACAGACAGUGGGAUGGUUUUGGCAUCUGAGGAGUUUGAGAGGAUAGAAAAUAGACACAGAAAAGAAAGUUCAUUCAGCAGUAAAGGAUCCAGUCGAAAUGCAGAAUCAAUAGUGGAUCAACCAGACCUGAGGGGUAGGUGUCGGCCAUCGUACCAGUCCCAGCUCAGAGGCCAGACUUUUUACAACAGUGAAUACGGGGAACUGUCAGAACAGUCGGAGGAAGGCAGCUGCACUCCACCCACUGAGGGAGCCAGUCCCUCCCUCCUCCAUGCUUCAUUCUUUUCAGACCAAUACUGAAGGGAAGAACAGAUUGUGGAGACACUCUGCUGAGAGACUACACUUCGCCCCUUCUGCAGCACUACAUUUGUUCAGUGGAGGCCACUUUCCCUUCAUCCUUGAGGAAUCCACAGUAGGGAACCCCUGUGGAACAGAUGGUGAACUCCUUGGAUGUGAAGAUAGAUGCCAAGCAUUUUGAUGCGGGAUAUAGUCCUUGCAUUUGGCACUAGCACACUUCCUUGAUCUGAUUCUGUAUCUGCCCCCCCCCACCGCCCUGCCACCCUCAAUUAGAUAUUGGAUGCAGUUCCCUGGGUGAAACAGGACUGUUCUGCCACUAGAUGGAUGUGUGUAGAGAGCUGCAGCCUCUGCUCAGUAUUCAGCCUCCAUUCAAAUACUUUGCCGUAAUAAGCUUCAUUUCAGGUCAGAUAAAAAUAGAUGUGUCUUAGCUGAGUUUCUUCCUGAUAUGCAGCCUUGUUUGCUUCUGCUCUUGUUUCAACUCAGCUAUCAUGGGAGGGGCAAGAAGCAAAUGAAUGAAUUUGGGCAAUGGAGGAGCAGCAGUAUUUCCAGACUUGGAGAGUCCUGCUUCGCUAGAUACAGACAUUGCCUAUAGACACAUCACUACACAACUAUAUACUACAUACUUAAUUCUUGUAUGGUGUUACAUAUUUCAUUUAUGUUAGACACUAAGCCUAUUAUAGAUUUUAUUCCAUCACCAUUCCCAUGUCUGUGGUGGCAUUAUUGGAUGCUCUAGUGCAAGAGGACCACUUUAUCUCUGUGCAGCGGGGGAUUUGGUGUUAACUAGUUCAAGGUGGAAAUUAAUUUCCUCAUCUCUACUGACAUAUACAGACUUGGAACCCAUUUAUGUGUCCAGUCAUCUCCCACCCCACCCCUGAAUCCCCGGUCAGCUAUAAAAUGUUUUUUAUUGGCAGCCAUCAUUUUCAAAACUUUAGUGUCCCUUAUGAUCCCAUGGCAAAGUGUGGAACUUUGUCUUUGUGGAACUGAAUGCAACCUUAUAAUAAUAAUCUAAUGAAACCCUUAACUGGUGUUUUUAGCUCUGUCUCUCUACUUAUUCUCCUCUACCUCCCAAUUCCUACAUCCUUACUUACUCUUCCCAAGAUAUCAUAUGUUAGAAUAAAUAGUACAAAGUAAAUUUCUGCAAAUGUAUCUAAUUUGCAUUAUUUAUAAUGGGAGGAACGCAAUGCAGGUCAUUUUGUUAGUGCAAGCUGUUCUGCUUGACUAAUUAAACAAUCUACCCUAUCCUCUUGCUGUUCACUGUUCCAGGGGUUUUCCUGACACCUCAUCCCUGAGCCAUUGGGGGAGGAUAUGGGGCACCGAAGGGAAGAAAGCCCCAUUGCGCUAGCAGAAGUCCUUGUGGGCUUCCACUGGUGGAACUGGUUAGCUGAGCCCAGCCCUGAGUCUGGAAUUUGAGGAUAUUACUAAACAUAUACACACAUUUGCAUUCUUCCCCGACACAGUCUUUAGCAUAGUUUUCCAUCUUCUAAUUGUAAACCAUUGCAUCAAUGAGGUUUUGUUUUUUACAUAAAUGAGGAGUAAGUAUAGAGUCAAUCUGAACUUGUUUGUGUAGUUGUUCCCUUGCAUAGCCUAUGAGCCUUUCUCUCCCAGUUCCAAUUCUGAAGGACGCUGCCAUAGGAAAACAUCUGUGAAAGCCUUAUGAAAAGGCUUUUGACCAGCUUGUGAACUUCACUUUGUAAUUCUGUAUAGUGUCAGAGGCUCCCACUCUCAAUUGUGUCUCCAUGUGAAAGAAUUUCUGCUUGCAGGCCAGGCUUCUGUUUAUAGAACUGAUAGUUUUGGUUUAGCUUUUUUCAUAUUGGGCAUAUGUCCCCCCUUUUCAGAUUAUAUAUAUUCCUCCAUAAGAGGGCUUUAUGCAUUUACACAUUUGUAAUUAUCAUUGUUCAUGCCUUUUCUACAUUGAUUUGUAUCUUUAUGAGUGCACUCGAUGACUUGUCCCUUUUUUAUUACAUUUCCUAUCUACAUAA